UCAUCUUUUCGUGCACGACUCACGCCUCCGCAGUGCACUGCUGGACAGCGCAGAAGUGCGGAGUACAGGACAGCCCGCGGGAACGCGCACAGAAACAGACCGGUCCUGAAGUCUCCAACAACAACACGGCACUGCACGGAGCCAAACAUGCACCUCGCAGUGAGCUGGUCUUCCACGCGGAACUUACUAUGAACUACUCAAGGCUGCUUCCAGUCACAGAACGUUAGUUAUUGCACAAUUUGUCAGGGAGGAGGAAGGACCAUUGCAGAUAUGGACACCUUGUUGUGGAUAUUGUUUUGUGGAACGGUGCUGGCGGUGUGCGGCUCCAAGCUGGAGCGGCCGGGACAGGCGCAGGAGCCCUGUGACUCCGGCCAGUACACCAGCACGGGCGAAUGCUGCCUGGAGUGCCCACCCGGGGAGGGCGUGCUGAAGAAGUGCGGCCCCGCGCAAACCGUGUGCAGCCAGUGCCUUGACAGCGAGACCUACUCGGACAUCUACAGCCACACGGAGGCGUGUCAGCAAUGCACCGUGUGCUCGGGGCUGCUGCGCAUGCAGACGCCCUGCACCGACUCCAACGAUGCCGUGUGCAUGUGCGACUACGGCUACUACUGGGACGAGGCGUCGGGAGACUGCCGGUCGUGCACCGUGUGCUCGUAUGGGUACGGCAUGUACGUGCGCUGCGAACACGACCAUGACACCGUGUGUGAGCCGUGCGAGGAUGACACGUUCUCAGACCAGGAGAGCUGGCUGGACCCCUGCCUGCCCUGCACCGUGUGCGACGACGAAAUAGAGACACAGCUGAGGGAAUGCACACCCAAGGCUGACGCCAUGUGUCACGAUCCACUGGCACCCACCGUGGUGUCUCCUACCUGUUCCCUGGAUGUGUCUGUGCCGGCGUGGGAGGAUAAGGAGCUCGUGUCGCAGGGCCCGGGGCCGGAUGAGGAGAGCACCACACCCAAGCCCAGCUCACCACACUUCGUCAGCACCGGCUUCAACGAGAACCUCAUCCCCAUCUACUGCUCCAUCCUGGCUGCCGUGCUGGUUGGCGUGCUGGCCUACGUCAUCUUUAAGAGAUGGAACAGCUGCAAGCAAAACAAACAGGCGGCCAACAACCGCGCGGCCAUGGCCAAUCAGACGCCGUCGCCGGAGGGCGAGAAGCUCCACAGCGACAGCGGCAUCUCCGUGGACAGCCAGAGCCUACAGGAGCAGCAGGCGCAGCAGCAGCUGCACGGGUCCGAGAUUGUGGUGAGGGUGGAUGGGGGGGCUCAGUCUGACCCUCCCCCACCACAGCCCUGAGGGGCAGUGGGGAGGAAGUGACAUCAUCACACAGCGGAGGAAGGAGGAAGGAGAGGCAGGAGCGAGGGAGCAGGAAGAGCGAGGAGGAGAGUGGAGCGUUGCCCGGCUGGCCGAUGAGCCCCAAGCUCCCAGGAUGCCCGGCGCGAACGUCACUCAGCUGGCUCAACCGGGCAUACAUGAUUACAACCCCCCGACGCUUGGAGCUGCAGUCUCCCUUCUGCGGAAAUAUCACCGCGUUAGCCACACGGUUCAAGGUCACUGCCCCGCAAAGCCGGAACCCAGUUCAGAUCAUGCCAGUGGCUGCCAUCUGUGGUGGUUUUCUGAUCUGAAUCGGGUUUCAUACAGUGCCAGAUGCAGUUUCAAAUGACCUCAACUUCCGUGACAUUGUAAAGGAAUAGACAGUGGCAUCCAACAAUAGAACUUUUGCAGCACCACAAACUGAAUCCAAAUGGCCUUAUAGAAUUCCUUAGUAUCCAUUCUAACCCUAACAUAUAUGUAAACCAUAUGUUCAGUGUUUUCUGGUAACAAAAUAAUUCUCAAAUAAUCAACCCAAACUAAAUUAAUAUCAGAAAGCCUACAGAGGGGGCUGACUGCAGCCGAUGGCCAUGUGCCCCACCCCCUGCUCCUGUCUGCCGGUAGUGGGUGUGGCUUUGUAGUCAGAGGCGAAGCUUUGGCCCCAAGUGUAUUUUGUGCCAAUGUUUGAGGAAAUGAUGAGACUGUUCUCGGGCGUCUGCUGACCUCUGGUCUUUGUUUUGGACAUUCCUCCUCCCACAGAAAAAGAGGUUAAAAACAAACAAACAAACUCAUCUCUUUGGUCAGAUUCCUCUGAUCUGAAGGGAUCUCUUUAGGAGCAGGUCUGAGAUCAGCACCGUUUUCACCCCCAGCUAAGAGGAGGCACUGGUCCUGGGUCAUCAGGUGUGGGCGACAGUUAAAAAAGGUGACAUUUACCGACCUUUACGCUUGUAAUGACUCAGACCUAUACUAAUCCCUACCUCCCGCUACUGCGCACUCUCCGCAGAUAUAUUUCUCUGAUAAACCCACAUGCACUCUCUCUUUCCUACACACACCCAAACACACACACACACACACACACAAUGCAUCAUGUUCCCUGCUCUAUCUCCUCAUCCUCCACCUAGGUUUGGUUUUCACUGCAUGCUCCACCCGCGCCACCCGCCGGGCACACAGCUGUCGCAUUCCCCAGCCAGCCAGAUGCAGCACACCCAUCGCUGUCUGCAUCACUCGACUCCCCGUCUUGUGCGCGCACACACUCUCAUCACCGCCGAGCGUCCCAGGACUCAAUACCCGGUGAUUCAUCUUUUGAGUUGCAUGAUUCCUCCUUGUAUCACUUUCACUUAAUCUACCCAUGUUUGCGUCCCCCUCUAACCUGGACGCUGGGUGAAUCACUCGCGCCGUGGCUGUUGAGUGGGCCGUGCGUGGCCUGGUGGAAGUUCUCGUGGUCCGGCGGUGUGUUGUGGGCGGGGGCUCCCACUGGCCGUGGUGCACCUGAGAAGUGGGAAGUGCUGAGCCACCGUACUGGAAACCCUGAUGGGCCUUGAUGUCAUCAAACAGGGACAGGAAAGGAAAGCUGACAAGAGUGUUAGAGAUUGCAGACAGUCCGGUUUAGUGUGUGUGUGAGUGAACACACACACAACACCGCAGCAGAUCUAACUAAAUUCACCUGCUGUUUUUCUGGACUGUAUCUAUCCUUAGCGAAGCUAUUGAAUGAAAUCAUAGGACUGAGUAGAGGGAUAUUUAGCACACACACACACGCACGCACACACACACACACACACACACACACACACACACACACACACUCACACACACACACACACACACACACACACACACACACACACACACACACACACACACACAUACGUAUUGCAUCUGAUGCAGAAAUACAAACCUCCCAAGAGAGGCUCAUCACAUAUAAACAAACCCUCUGUGGCACGCGUGCACACACGGUCUCUAUUUUUGAUGUGCCUGCUGAUUUGCUUUGUAGUGAGUAUGGGAGGCAUUAGUGGGAGGCAUAUGGGAGGCACUUCUGGUAGUGAUCACCCCAGGCCAGGAGCUUCACCUUCCCCACAGCUCUCCUGGGACUCGGCUCUGACCUGCUGCCUACACGACCU